AUGAAUCUUUAUACUCCGGGUGAUGGCAAAGGGUCUUUUAUUAUUGAUACGAAGAUCUCAUACAUUCAUGGUGAACCAUGGGAGAUCACAGACCAUAACUCGCAGAGCCUGGAUAUUGAACUCUCGAUUGGCGAGGCAAAAUUACAUCUGACGCACUCGGUAUUUGUCAAUACCUCUUCAAAUGAGCUGGAGUUCCCCCUGCAUGGUCUGGCUCCCCGCUUCGAGCCCUACCGUGUCACUAUCAGAGCCAAUCGCCCGGACGGUAGCCAUGCGUACUCUGCCACCACAGACCUCUAUCAUUUACCGGAGCGAAUAGAUGGCGGCAGCAUAACGAAACUCGACAGUCUCUACGGCGGGCUUCUGGUGCAGGACUAUACCAAAGAUUCCUCAUGGAGCCCAUUGCUCCCAUACUCCUACUACGUCAGCUGGGAUGGCUGGCUCGAGAAGUCCCUAAGCAAUGUCCAAAUCUUCAAAGAUCAAGGCUACAAUAUCAUCCACAUUGUACCCAACGCAGGCCUCGCCAACGAAGCCUUCAACUUCACCGAGCUAAAGAUGUUCCUCGACAAGUGCGACGAGGUCGGUCUGUGGGUUAUGUAUGACAUGCGUUGGACAUACCAAAACCUCACUUCGGUUCAGUAUCAAGUUGAUCUACUCAAGACUCACAAGAGCCUGCUUCUCUGGUAUACAGGCGACGAACCUGAUGGUCAAGGGGACCCGUUGAAUGCGACGAAGAUCACGUACGAUCUGAUCAAGUCGCUAGACCCAUGGCACCCUGUUUCACUUUGUUUGAACUGCUACAACUUCUAUUACGAAGAGUACGCCUCCGGAGCAGAUAUCAUUCUCUCGGAUGUAUACCCCAUUGCCGUCAACACGAGCUGGUCUACCGUCUACGACACAGUCUGCAACACAACCUACGGCUGCUGUGGCUGUGAUGAUUGCCAUGGAGAUAUGGAAGAUAUCUCGAAUCGACUAGAUAUCUUCGCGGAGUACCAAUCCUGGGUCGGAAAUUUACCGAAAACUUUCUGGGGUGUGCCUAUGGCCUUUGGAAACGAGUCCUAUUGGACGCGCUAUCCCACUGCAGCGGAAGAAGUGACCAUGACCAUGCUGAGUUUGAAUCAUAAUGCAAAGGGAAUUGUGAUGUGGGACUAUCCUACUAGCAAUGAGCUGUCUAAUAUCACGAGCAAGUUGAGUCAGGUUCUUGCGAGUGAUCGGAUUGCGAGGUUCUUCUUGGGUGCGGUUACGGUCCCGCUGCGAGUGACCGGGCAUUCUAAGAUAGAUGUUUCGGGUUGGAGGGUUGAGGAUAGGAUGUUAAUUAGUAUUCUGGCUCUUCAGAUGCCUUCUUGGUCGAAUGCUGUGUCGAUCGAAUUACCUGGUGGUGCUAGUGUCGUCAAGGAGGUGCUUUGGGGGUCUGGGGGUUGGAAGUUGGACAAGGGUUUGCUUGUCAAGGAGGGGGGACAUGCGCUAGAGACGGAUAUUAUCGUUGUUGAAUUUGACGCCUGA